UUGUCCAUCUUUGCUACACGUUAAUAGUGGUGUAUUAUUGUUAUAUUUGUAUUGAUAGUGUUGUAAAAGAAUUAAAAGUUUUUUUUAACACUUUCGUUAAAUCAAAUUUAACGACGAGAUGGGUGUACCGGCAUUUUUUCGAUGGUUAAGUCGAAAAUAUCCCUCCGUAAUCGUCGAGUGCAUUGAGCAGAAGCCAGUGAACGCAGACGGGGUAUGUAUUCCUGUAAAUUCUGCAGAUCCAAACCCAAAUGGAGUGGAAUUUGAUAAUCUUUAUCUUGACAUGAAUGGUAUAAUACAUCCUUGUACACAUCCAGAAGAUAAGCCAGCACCUAAAGAUGAGGAUGAAAUGAUGGAAGCUAUUUUUGAAUGCAUUGACAGAUUAUUUCGCAUUGUUAGACCAAGGAAAUUGCUUUACAUGGCGAUCGAUGGAGUUGCACCCAGAGCUAAGAUGAAUCAACAACGAUCUCGACGAUUUAGAGCAUCAAAAGAAACAACUGAGAAAAUUGACGAAAUACAAAGAAUACGUACUGAACUGUCUCUGAAAGGUGCAUCUUUGCCUCCUGAAAAGCCAAAGGAAGCGCAUUUCGAUAGUAACUGUAUUACACCGGGCACACCGUUUAUGUCAAGAUUAUCGGCAUGCUUACAUUAUUACAUUCAUGAACGUUUGAACAGUGACCCAGGUUGGAGGAAUAUCAAAGUAAUAUUAAGCGACGCCAAUGUACCUGGUGAAGGAGAACAUAAGAUAAUGGAUUUCAUACGGCGACAAAGAUCACAACCCGAUCAUGAUCCUAAUACGCAGCAUGUCCUAUGCGGAGCGGACGCAGAUUUGAUUAUGUUGGGCCUUGCCACUCACGAACCUAACUUUACUAUCAUUCGCGAAGAAUUCAAGCCGAAUAAACCGAAACCGUGCGAUAUAUGUGGCCAGUUGGGGCAUGAAAUGCGUGACUGUGUCGGCGCGGAACCGAAUCAAAAAGAAGAGGAAAACGCAUAUGGGUCCGAGUGCCAGUUCAUAUUUGUGCGUUUAAACGUUCUCCGGGAAUAUUUAGAAAGAGAGUUGUCUAUGCCGAAUCUACCGUUCAAAUAUGACUUUGAACGAGCUGUCGAUGACUGGGUGUUUAUGUGUUUCUUCGUAGGAAACGAUUUUCUACCUCAUCUGCCUUCUUUAGAGAUCAGAGAAGGUGCGAUCGACAGACUCGUUACUCUAUAUAAGAAAGCAGUAUAUAAAACAGGGGGCUUUCUGACAGAUAGCGGAGAUGUUAACUUAGAUCGUGUGCAAUUGAUAAUGUCAGAUCUUGGUGAUGUUGAAGAUGAGAUAUUUAAGAAGAGGCAAGAGAAUGAACUGGCUUUCAAGCAACGUGAGAAGGACAAGAAGAGGAGAAACGAAAUUAUCAGUAAUUUCAAACCAAAAUGGAUUCCUGCAGGACAAUUUGCGCCUAAUCCCCUUGGACAAGCAGUGAAACCUAUAGAAAAUGCACGUUAUGAAGCUUAUCAAAUGCGUGUACAAGGUAGAAACUAUAAUGCAAAUAUCGCCGAAAAUAAAAAUGCUAGUCAUGCCCUAGAAAGCAUGUUACGGCCUGAGAACACUGGUAACAGUGGAAGAAAACGUAAAAUUGAGGACGUUGAGUCAGAUGAUGAACAGGUGCAUGACGAAGUGCGUCUUUGGGAGGAUGGUUUCAAAGAUCGAUACUAUGAAUCGAAAUUUGGCGUAUCUCCUGAUAAUCUCGCUUUCAGAAAUAACGUUGCUUUACAAUACGUGCGGGGUUUAUGCUGGGUUCUACGAUAUUAUUAUCAAGGUUGCGCGUCGUGGAGAUGGUAUUUUCCGUAUCAUUACGCGCCAUUUGCAAGUGAUUUUAUCAAUAUCGGCGGUCUUUCUACGGAAUUUGAAAAGGGCACUAUACCGUUUCGCCCAUUAGAACAAUUGAUGGGUGUCUUUCCUGCUGCUAGCAGUAAACAUGUGCCUGCGCCAUGGGCGAAUUUAAUGAGUGAUCCAAGAUCUCCGAUUAUUGACUUCUACCCAGAAGAUUUUAAAAUUGAUUUGAACGGAAAGAAAUUUGCAUGGCAAGGCGUGGCUUUGCUUCCGUUUGUGGACGAGCAAAGAUUAUUCAAGGCUCUGGCGCCGUACUACGAUAGUCUAACCGAAGCAGAAAAGAAGAGAAACAUUCGUGGUGAUGACAGGCUGUAUGUUGGCAUGGGAAAUAAUGGUUAUUCUUACGUAAGAGGCAUAUAUGCUAAUCGUGUCGGAUUUGACAAGGAGCUGGAGAUAAGUAUAGAGGGUAUGCGAGGUACGGUGCUCUUAUCGGAGGAUUGCGUGAUUGAAGGAGGCACGUUACCUUCGCCUGUAAGAGGUUUACCAGUCAGGAGCAACAAGAUAUAUUGCGUCAAAUUCAGGGAUCCAACAUACGGCAGCAGCCAUAUCUUUCCUGCUUGCAAGCUGAAAGGAGCUAAAGAACCGCCGCGCGUCCUGAAACCGCAAGACUUCGAUGCUAUGAAUCGUGACAAUAGGAACCAGUGGAAGCCACAAAUCGGCUUCACUCGAUCCACACAAUCCGUUUCGUUAGGACAAGCGGGACACAGGAUGCUCGAGCGACAUACGAACCACAAUCGACCACCGACAUAUGCGAACAUUCCUCCACCAGCCAAUUUGUAUCAGCCGCAGUUUCAUCACGGUUAUCAGAGCGGCUACCAAUCGGGCUACGGUUACGAAGAUAGUGCCGGUUCGAGUCAAAUGUGCGGACCAUGGGCAUCCGGUUACGGUUCGAGGAACUAUCCACCGCGGCCCUAUGAGUAUCAACAGUCCCGUAAUCAUUACAACAAUCACCAGUUGCAAUCCGCGCGGAACAUGUCGAGUUACCAGAACGCCCAGCAAAGCUACAACAGUCAACGCGGAAUGAAUUACUCGUCGUCACGACCGGGGCCGGGCGGAGGAGGAAACUAUCGAGGUGGGUGGCGACGAACAACAUGAACGCCCGAUUCUGGUAUUACAAAAAAUUGGAUGUGUACCUAUAUAGUAUAAUAUUAUACGGAACCAUGAAUAAUUUUUGUUGUCACCUUUUCCUUUAAAUCUAUUUUGAUAGAAUUCACUUUACAAUUUUAUCUGGUUUUAUAUAUAUUACCAUUAUUAUAUCUCUUAUUAUAUUGUAAUGUAACGAUUUGUACAUGUACGUCUCUACCAUCCGGUGAUUUGGUCGGUUGAUUUUUUCGCAUAGGCAUGGGAAAAAGUAUCAGUGUUCGCUAUUUUCUGUGCGGAAAUUAGCUGUGAUUCGAUAUCAAUUCGACAGUUCAAUAUCGAAUCUGCGAAUGAAUCACCGCGCACAAUGAUUACUUAAUUAAGGUUUAGAAACAGUGACCCGCGAGGAAUUCGAGUCAGCAGACUUCAUUGUAGAUAAUAAAAAAUUACAUGACCUCCUACUUGAUCAAUAUAUACCAAGGUAUAUUGUUAUAAAUAAUCAGUACAAAAAACGUCAGUUAAAUAUCGUCGUACAACUAAUACAACCUAAAAGUUGUAUCGCUCGCAUUAAUAUAACUAUGGCGCAACCCGAGUCGAAAAUUUUAGCUCUAUGUUGGCCAUGCAAAUUUCAUCGAGCUUCAAGGAUCGAUAAAGAAUUUCGAGGCUUAACAUUAUAUAAGCUAUUGCUCCAUCUAUAUCAAUAUUGUUUAUUUACGUCCCCUUUUUUCGAGCCUUAAAAAAGGACUUAUUCAAAAAUAAUUUAAUAUUUGUAAAUUAUUUACGAUCUUUGAUUGAAAGUACAAUUAAUCAUAUAGACUUAUAUAGUAAACCGUUGUUUGGGUAUUUGGAUCAAUACUUUGUAUUGUGUGAAAUAGGCACAUGUACAGAUUGAUGAAUAAUCCGAGCUUUUCGAAGUCACAAUCACUUAUCAAAUGAUGACAAUCCAUGAAUGUCUACUUAAAUUUCGGCCCAAGUAUCUCUCUAUUUUCAAAUACGUCAAACGUCCGCUGAAAUCGGACACCUGAAUAUCUGACGUACCUGAAAAAAUACAUGAUGUAUCGCUGUUCACGUCUCUUCAUUCUCCGUUCUACCUUUUCGAUCCAGCAUUCUGGCACCCGGUUGUCUCCGUCAUGGCACUUCAGAUAUUCACUUGCACUGACAUACGAUUCGAUCGGAAGUCAGAUUAGGUUAAUUAGCGCGACACCGACAAGAGCCCGAUUAAAUAUUUCGAGAACCGGCGGAAUGCUUCGUGUUAAUUAGCAGACGGAAAUUCUAAUCAACAAACAAUAACGAUACAUUUACGUCGCUUCGCGUCGUAUGUUUAUCACUCGUCCGCCGAUAGUACGCGAUGUUUCCAAAGUAGUAUCGAUUGUGUUGUCAUCUUUCGGCCGCCAAAUGUAAUCGCCGUUCAUCGUCAGAGAUCGACGGUCGACGUUCAACACGCGUGAUUUUACAAUUCUUGCUGAUUGCUCGCUUGCUCCCGUCGCGUAUCGUUCCGUGAUCGUGUUGGCAAAAAAUGCAACAUGCACUUAUCGGUGCGUUAUAGCGAAUUCGAUCACCCGCGUUACAUCGGAUUGGUGCGUACUAAAGGUUGCUUCACAUGAAGCAGUUAUUUAAAUAAAUAUUAAAAAAAACAGCAUUUUUCGACGAUUAACAUGUUGAGUGCCGUGUGGGGUCAUGUUAGAUAUGUUUCCGUUCAGACUGCAUAAUGCAUACUUCACGUUUUUAUCUCUUCCGUUCAUAAUAAUAAUUUUUGUAGUCUUAUAAAUAUUAUAAGAUAUAUUCUAUAAAGAUAAUAAAAAUAUAUAAUAAAUUGCGGUAAUUGUGGAUUAUCGGUGACCUACGCGGCGUGAAUGGAAAAUCACGUGAAAUUGGCGCGGGGCUCAUUGAACACUUGAUAGUGAUAUUGUCGCGUUAUAUUUAGCAGAAUAUACGUUAAUUAUCUUCAUUGUUAAAGUGCUUAUGUUGGUGCCAUUGUAUUGGGAUAUUUUAUAUGUGGCAGUCUUUGGUAUGCAUUAAUACGGUGUAGUGCGGAUGAUCGAAUUCGCUAUUAGUUAAAAUUACCGUCGGGCGAAUUAAAUAUUUCGUACGUUAUAAAGUACAUCGCGUCCUCACCGAGCGUGACGAAUUGCGGUACUACGAUCUGUACCUUUCAGCUGCUCCUUCUCCACUCUCUUGCAAUCUUGGUCUUUUUCUCCCCCUUUUUUUUAUCAAAUUGUGAAUAUACGUCUAUUUAGCGUGUGAAUAUACGUCUAAUUAGCGAAUAAAGUGUACAUAUUUGAUUUUAUGUACGUCAUGUAUACCUGUUUCAUUUCAAGUAUUGCAAAAAGCAACAAGAUGCAGCUGAAAAGAACAGAACUCAGUGCAACGACCGUAAAUGCGUUCGGAGACAUCGGUUUGCUCCGGUUGCUCCAGGAAAGUCGUUUCAUCAGGUAGAUAUUCGAAAGAUUAUCUUAAGAUCAUUUUAAGAGCAAACCGAUAUCUCCGAAACCGAACGCAGCUUGUACUAUCGUUGCGCCGGGAAUUUGGCGCGCGUCCCGCACGAAGUGAUCAGGCGGCUGAUUGUGUAUCUCAAGACGUUAAUUAACGUGCGUUUCCCUGAGUUGAAUCGUAUCUACGCGUAUAUCGGUGGUAGUGUCGGUGUAAUAUUAGUGGUAUGAGAGAGUUUCAUUCGAAGUGUCAUAACGGAGCAACCGGGAGCGAAGAUACUGAAUUGGGAAGCCAAGACAGGGAGCUUCGAGACACGACUAACAUACAUUAUGUAUCUCAAGGUGUGUAUGUGAAAUCAUUUGUCAUAUGGGUUUCCGAUGUUAACGAAUAUUGAGAUGAUCAAAUAUUAGAUCAUUUCGAAAUCUCUCUCGUUAAGUCUCGACAUGAAGAAAACGAUUGUAGGUGAAUACUUAACAUCAUGGCGCCAUAACCUAUACAAUGUAAAAUCUCGAGAUUCUCUGUUGAUCCUUAAAGUUUGGUGGGAAUGUGUAGGCGUAGGUCAACGUCGAACCGAAAUUUGGGAAGUUACGAGGAAACUCGGUCAUUUUGUGGAGCCGCAUGGCAAAAUUCAGACCUGACAAAUGUCGUCUUGUCUUCAACAAAAUCUGUACUGCUCGUAUUUGCAUUUCGUGGGACAAAAGGUUUCGUUUCGUAUCAUGUGACGUCAUGUAAAUUGGCUUUCUUAUAAACGCACGCGUAUCGUGUCGCAUCAGAGGUAUAAUAAAAUAAAAGAUCAGUCGAAACAACUCGAAUAGAGUGGAACAAACUAAAUUUCAGAAUUGUAUAUGACGAGCUGCUCUAAUUUUUGCAACAGAAUUGUAUUCUCCCGAUGAAAAACAAUUAUCAUCAUAAUUUAGCAUCACAAUUUAACAUCAGAACUACGUUUCAACUACGUUUCAGUUGAGCGCUUAUUCUUGACGAGAUUUUCCAAUUGAAAUUCCUACAUCAGAUUAUCGAUCUGAUUCAAUUUUCACUUAAUUUGCUUCAAUCGCAAUUUAUGCGACAAAUUUGCUUCAUCCCGAUACUUGAAUCCUGACUUGAUCCUGAGAAUGCCAUUAUAUUUUCUCUGAUGUAAAUUCGAUGCGCGGCCGGGUCGCUAACGAUCGCAUUUUUCUUUAUUACCUUAUCGAAGAGGACUAAUUAUAAUGCAUGCAUAUAUCUUAAUUACGCGAGAAACCGCUCUAAUCGUGUGGUAAUGAUAAUCUAGUUGUACAUUCUUUCAACACAGAUGCGCAUAAUAUGACCACAAUGGUGUAUGUAUCUUUUUAUAAAGAUAUAACCGAGGUCGUAAUUUUCCUUCAAAUUGAAAUACCUUCACAGGCGCUUCGCGCUUUCGAUCAGGUGUCGAUCUGAUUUAACGCCUAUAAUAACUUGUCAUUGUCGUCGAUUUUAUUCUCGUGUCUUUUAUGUUUUCCGAUUACUAUUGACACGAGUAGAAUUAAAUGUGUACACAAUAAAAAAAACAAAUCCAUUGAAACAACUCGAGUCGAAUUAAACGGGACUUGUUUACAGGGUUGCACACGAUGAAAUAAUUACUCUAAUCUUUUCAGCAACAUUUUCGUGUUCCUUUGACUUCUUGUUUGUGUAAACUUUAAAAUUUAAUUGACUGAAAUGGUCUCAUUUAUUAUCCAAUUUAUUUGCCUUUUAUCAAGAGUAGAAUCAUUUGUUAUCAUGCAGUUAGAUACAUUUUUUUGGUUAUUGAAGGUAUAUUUAUAUAUCAUGUAAAUAUAUUUACGUCAUAUACUAACUGCGUUUCAGUUUUGUUAAUCGUUUACUGCUGAUAAAAUUUUGCAGUUGAGAUUUCUGCAUUAGAUCAUUGAGAUCUGCGAUUUUUAUCCACUUUUCCUCGAUCGCAACUAUUGCUUGUGCAACCCAAAUGCUUGUGUUACGCAAACGAUCACUUGCGUAACAGAAUUCGCGCAACCCUGAGACGUAGCUCCUUUUACUCGAUUUUUUUUUCAGCAUAAUAAUUACGGUCAAUGAAUUGUACAUAUUGACUGAAUUAUACAAGGUAUAAGUGUCGUCGCAUUAAUUUUUGACUGGACAAACACAGUCUGUAGGUAUGUAUAUGGUAAACAGCAUAGUUAUUGUCGGUUAUAUCAGUAGCGGCGAGUGAAACUUGCUCGUAUAUCGUAGAACCGCACUUAUCAACUUGUAGAAGGAAAAGAGAUCGCAAGGCGAUUCGUGGAUCCCUGUUUGAAAAUAAAUCCGCAAAACUUAUACAAAGAUCGUGUCCGAGCGAGUAAAUUUUACUCUUCGCUAUAUCAGUCUAGGCUUAAGCGCAAUAUUAAAACGUCAUUAUUGUGUGACCAAAAACGUACUUACUUUCCCAGCCGCAAAAUCACGCUCUAGCAAGCGAUAUCUUUCGUAAAUAUUACGAUUUGUAUUGCUUAUCUCGCGAAUUCGCGGCUACCCCGGCUAACACGUGUAAGUGCGCCUGAUAAGUAAGCACGAUUUUGGUUGUGAUCGAAUUAUUGAACGGUAUUUGUCAUAUUUCUCACUCUAUAUUGAAAUACACGAUAUUUCUGUAAUGAAACUGUCCGAUAAA